UAGGUUCUUGUUAUGGAUCAUUAAACAAUAAUUUUUCAUUAAAUCGACAAAGCAAUUCCUUACACCGAGAAUUCAUGAAAAAUAGCCAACAAUCAAAUAAUAAUAUGGGAUUAGAUAGAUAUGGUUUGGAUGCACCAAAACAAACAUCUGUACCAGGAAACAAAGUUAAAACGACUCACUCAAUUCAUCAGAGAUAUUGCGAUUGUGAUGACCCAAUUUGCAAAACCAGAAGACAAAUUUACAAUAAACCAGAUACAAAUGAAGCCAGAGAAGUAUUUACUAGACAAAAUCCUAGUACUGGUAUGAAUAAAUAUGACUUUUGCACUAAUAAAAAACAAAUUGAUCCUGGUGGAAUUGCGGCUCUUGGAAAGAAGUAUACUCAAAAUGCUAUUGUUAGUGAAAGAAAGAUAAAUAUUGGGAAUGAAGUAAAUUACUUUGGAGAGAACAUAAAUAUUGACAGUUGUAUGCAAGAGACGCCAAGAAUUCCUCAAAACAGAUUUCGAGCUAAGGAUGCUAAACCGAAUUGUUUAGAAGGCAAAAUGCAGCAUUAUAAGCAACAUAAACACUCUAGUGAGCAAGCAAUUGCUUAUAAUAAUGCACAGCCUGUUCGUGGUUACGAAUCUGAACAACAUAUGUUAAAUGUUGACUGUAACAGUAUCGGUACUGUUCCAUCAAGCACCACCCAAGGCUAUGAAUCUCAACAAGACCAACACAACUUCAAUAGAGAUUGUGGUAUGACUCCUGGUGCUACAAGUUCCAAUGAAAAUUUUUCUGAAGACGAUUAUCCAUUUAAUGAAAGAAUUGGUGUGCCACCUCUAAAUACAAUACGAUUGCAGGCGACAAGGCAUAGAACAAAAAAUGCCAUACUUAGUAUUACAACUACAGGAGAAGUUGUAAUUGAAUUCAUUAAAAAAAGAGGUCGCGCUAAAGAGGAAAAAGUGACUGAUGUUUGUAGGAUUUCUGAUGAUGGGCUUCGAGUGGUUUUGUAUCAACCUGAUGAAGGAAGAGGUGUACGUGUUUCUUCUGAGCCGCCGCCUUUGCCUUCUUCUGGUACUGAUUCUUUGUUUGGUUAUGAAACUCUACCUGAUCAGCAUUGUCGUAAAUAUCUUUAUGCAGUUCGAUUUAUCAAUCUUGUUAAGGCCAAAACACCAAAAGUCACAUUUUAUAGCAGAUUGACCAAAUUCCAAUUAAUGGAAACUGGAGCUGAUUUUGAGGCAUGCUUCUAUGAUGGUAGUAAAAUAUCUAAAAAUGCUGUAGAGGGUAUCAAAAUUACCAUACCGGAUCAAUGCCCAUAUUUAUGUCCUUAUGACCAGAUACCAAACUUAUCUAAUCCUGAUAUGAGAAACAUGUGGGAACACUUUCUUGAAUGUAUGACACAGUGUCAGCGUUUGGAUUCUCUCUUAUCAUGGAAUAAUCCUUGUGGUCAAAAUUUUCCAAUAGUGGUAGGUAAACGACCACCAGCCAGUACUGAUAAAUUGGAUGCAAAUAAAGAAAAUUUUCCACAUUUGGAGCAUAAGGAUUUAACUGAAUUUACAACGCCUCAGUUUGGUACGACAUCAUCCACAGUGAGUGCAACCCGUUCUGAGCCUCCAAGUAACUUUGCAAUAACUGCCGGUAUGUCCAAUGUUCGCAAUCAAGCUGCAAGAAGAGUACAACCAACUCACACAUCUUCUCCUAGAAGCGUACAAGUACCUGGCAUAGGCGUAGCAACACAACUGCUUUCUGGCGAAGUUCAAGUUCAAUACAAUGAUGGUGCUGUUUUAACAGUACCUCCAAUAUCUCCUGGUGCUGGUAUUCAUUAUGCUGUUGGUGGGUAUGCGGCACAUUUUAGGCCAGAAGAUGAUCUACCACCUAAGUUGAGAGAAAGAUUAGAAAAAAUAUCAACUGUUAUUGAACAUUUGAAAAUGGCUCAACCUGCACAGCCGACACAAGCAACUAAACGAAGACCAGGCUUAAGAAAUUGAUUGCAAUACUAAUAUAUAGCUAAUAUAAUUG